AUGAAAAAUAAAAACAAAUAUGACUACCUGCUGAAGUUGUUACUUGUUGGAGAUUCCAGCGUAGGCAAAAGCAGCAUUCUGUGCAGAUACUCCGACAAUCAGUUUGAAGAGAAGGUCCUGUCCACCAUAGGCAUCGACUUCAAAGUGAAGUACCUCAAAAUAGAUAACAAAACGAUUAAGGUGGGCAUUUGGGACACGGCCGGGCAGGAAAGAUUCCGGACGCUGACAUCUGCCUAUUACCGAAAUGCCCACGCGAUUAUUCUUGUGUACGACUGCACCGUGAGAGAGUCCUUUGAAAACCUGGACGUCUGGAUUCACGAAAUAGAUAAAUACUCAACAAACAAGAAUGCCAUAAAAAUGCUAGUGGCAAAUAAGAUAGAUAAACCGAACCAUGAAGUCACAAAAGAUGAAGGAAAAAACUUCGCCUUUGAAAAUAAUAUGUUGUUUUGCGAAACCAGUGCAAAGAACGACAUAAACAUCACCUACUGUUUCGAGGAACUCAUCCAGCAGAUCCUGAACAACCCCUCCUUGCUCGAACUCAGCGUCGUCACAAAAAAUUUGAAGCUCAGCAAGAAGGAGGAAAGUCGGUCCAACUGCGUUUGUUAG